AUGGCUCUUACUUUGGCACACACAUUCUUUCGUAUACUCUUAUUUGUAGGUUCACUCUCAAUAUUCCUAGUGACCCCUUCCUCUUGUCUUAAACCUAGGAAGCUUCUUAAUGCCACUUCAUACUUCUCUUUUGAAGAUUUCUCAUCUUCAGAGGCUACUUUCUAUGGAUCUCCUGACGGUGAUGGAAGUGAAGGUGGUGCUUGUGGAUAUGGAACUGCUGUUGGGAUGCCUCCAUUCAACUCAUCAAUAUCAGCCGGAGCCCCUGCUAUCUAUCAAUCGGGCAAUGGAUGUGGUACAUGUUAUCAGGUGAAGUGCACAGGAAAUCCUGCUUGCUCAGGCAACCCUGUUACUGUAGUUAUUACCGAUGAGUGUCCUGCUUGCGAUCAUGAUUUUGAUCUGAGUGGUAGAGCUUUUGGUUCCAUGGCACGUCCAGGUCAAGCUGACAACCUACGCAAAGUUGGGAGAAUUCCCGUUCAAUAUACACGAGUUCCAUGCAACUACCCUGGAGUAUCAAUAACAUUCCGUGUGGAUCCCGGAUCCAACCCAGAUUAUUUUGCUACCUUAAUUGAAUAUGAGGAUGGGGAUGGUGAUCUCAAAUCAGUUGAACUUAAAGAAGGACUUAACUCAUCAACUUAUGAAAGCAUGCAACGAUCAUUUGGUGCUGUUUGGAAAUUAAAUAAAGGGGCACAAUUGAUAGCACCAUUUUCUCUAAGGCUAACACAAAUUGAGUCUGGCAAGGUAUUUGAAGCAAAGAAUGUGAUCCCAGUAGGUUAUAAGCCUGGUCAAACUUUUAGAGCAGUAGGGAAUUUUAUUUAA